AUGGCCCUGCCUUCUCAGGCACACAGCGCCACAGCAGCCCUGCUCACCCAGGUGCAGCGCCUCGCAGGACACCGCCACGGCUCCAUCUUCUCCUGCACCACCUUUCUGGUGAGGUCUAAACCGAAGCGGCCGCUCAAGGCCAGGGGGAAGCUGUUGGAGAAGACUGGGCUGUGCAGCGAGAUCGCCUUCACCCGCUACGCGGUCUCCGGGAGGAAGCCGGGGCCGGACCCACAGCUGUGGAUGUCGGACGCUCGGCUGGGCCGGGUGCCGGUGAUAUACCGGCCCCGCACGCCUCCUGCCGCCACCUUCCACGGCGGCGGCUGGCUGUACCGCAGCAUCGAUUCCCAUGAAAACAUCUGCAGUUACACUGCCAGGGAACGUAACUCGGUGGUUGUACUAAUUGGGUACCGUUUAGCCCCUGAACACAAAUACCCUGAUGCAUAUGAAGACUGUCUUAUUGCCACCAUACACUUCAUGAAGAAUGCAGAGCACUAUGGCGUGGAUCCUGCCAGUGUCUGUGGGGACAGUGCUGGGGGCAAUCUGGCAGCUGCUGUUAGCCAGACCCUUGCAGGUAGAUCAGACCUCCCCAGCCUGCGUGCUCAGGUCUUGAUCUACCCAGGCCUGCAGGCCCUGGACUUCAAUUUACCAUCCUAUCAGCAGAAUCAGGGAGUCCCUCUCUUAUUCCAAGAACAUGCCGCUCUCUUUGCUUUGCAGUACCUCAAUGGGCAUGCACUGCAUAUGCAAGAAGCCUUGGAGGGCUCUCAUAUUCCUCCAGAUAUGAGGCUGAAGUAUAGGAAAUGGGUAAGUCCAGAUCACAUCCCCGAAAAAUUUAAGGGCAGAGGUGUGAAGCCAUGUAAAUCCACUGAUUUUAUUGCUGAAGUGAAGAGAUUCUGUGAGCCCAACCUGUGCCCGCUGCUGGCCGAAGAUGCUGUGGUUCAGUCUUUCAUCCUGACUUGUGAGUAUGAUGUGCUGAGGGACGAUGGCUUGCUUUACAAGAAGAGACCGGAGGACAAUGGUGUUCCAGUGACCUGGUACCACCUCGAGGAAGAAUUCCAUGGAAUCAUAAGCCUCUAUGGUUACUGUGGUUUGUCAUUCCCAUCUGGAAAAAUGGGAUUGGACAGAAUUGUUAAAUUCAUAAAAGGCCUGUGAAAA